AUUCUUCAUUCUACUCAUUUACCUCUUUAUUAUUACUAACGCUUGUGAGCCCCUCUUUGCUGAGAACUCCGCUAUCCAAGUACUAUGGCUAUGAUGGUCGAAGGUGAGUGUACCGUUGAUUUCUUGGGAGUUUCGGGAAGAAAGGCUCUAGAUGCGUGCGUUAAAGUAAUCCUAAUCGAACGAGCCUGGAAGAAAACUUGUCCAAGGUCGAACAUCUACGACGACCUGUCCGAAGAGCCAAAGGUUGAAGAUUUGAUGGAAGCAAACCAUACAACCAUCGAUCGAGAUGUGCUCUGCGAAAGGAUUCCUUGCAUUCAGGAAUUGUAUAUGGAUGAACAUGGAGCAAAAGAGCUCUGUGGACAUAACGAAAGCGAAGGUCGCGAGGCUACUUCCAAACACAAAAGGGGAAUGAAGCAACACGUUGCUGAACUCCGAGCUAAAGGCUCAAUUAGUGAACACACCGAACACGAAAGACUCGAAGCUACUUGUAAGGGUUUAAAGGAAACAAACAAGAGUGUAGACGAGCUCGGAGCCGAAGGCAUUGGUGGAUACGACGGAAGAAAAGGAAUCGAAACCAAUUGUGACCGUGUAAAGGAACUGAAGCAUCCUGUGCAUGGCUCUGGGUUUAUUAUUCAUGACCAUGUCGUUGUCACCAGCAAACAUGUAAUUAAACCAGUUUUAAACGAUCAAGGAGAAGGAUACGAAGUCUAUAUUUCCAAUGCCACCUUUGGUAUUCUCCCAUGCAAGGUUUUAUAUGUUGACGAACGCCAGGAUUUGGCAAUACUCCUUAGCCAACAACUUAAUUUAGAGAAAAAUGGAAUCCGUUCCUUGUUGCUGACGAACCAUUCGUUGUCACCAGUUGUGCCAAUUUUUUGUUUUGGUUAUCCCUUGAGUUAUAAAAGUGACAGAGCACUUGCUGUUUUUGGCAAAGUCUGUUCACAAGAGACUUCAUCAGACUCUCCACUUGUCCCUCUAGAUUGCCCUCUUGACUCAGGAAAUUAUGGCAGCCCAGCACUCUGUUGGAUAAGUGAUCAGUUAAAAGUAGUUGGUGUAAUAACACAGAAAAACAUUCAUGGGAUUCAAACACAGAAUUGGAAAGAUGGCAUCAAAUGUUUACAGGAAUCAUUGCAGAUUAUUGCCAAUCCUCAAAUACAGCGCUACCAAACAGCACCUUUGUUGACUUCUGACAUAGCUUCAAAGUAUUUGGGGAUACAUAGGUUAUAUGACAUUCUGAAGGCACACAAUCCCUUUUGUGUAAUUCCAGGAAUUUGCUUAGUUGAUUUUAUUAAAACCUUUGCCAACAAACAUGAAGGCAAGCAUGAAGAAGAGUUAAGGGAGAUAAUCAAUUGCUUUGAUAUUCUUUCUUAGUAAUCAUUAUGAACUGCAUUUAAACAAUAGAUUCUGUUGCUGUGCACAUGUUCAGUAAAAAGAUCACAGAUGAUGUCAAAAUGUGGUAAGAACAAUGAAAGUAGCUCACAAUACUUUGAUGUCUUCUGUGAUCCAUUGCUGUAUGGACCAACAGCAACAUGCAAUCUAUUUGUUUUAUAAAGUAAGGAAGAAAGAAUUGGUAAUGGCAGAUCAAGAUGUGCACAUGAGACUACAAACCUUAAAGGUUAGUGUUAGGAUGUUGAUAUCUUACUUCUAUGAAUCACAAAGUUGUAUGUGUGAACAAUCGCGAGAUAUUGGUUAGGAUGAAAGAAAGUAGUUUAGAAUUUGAUCUGAUUUUACUUCAACUUUGAGGUAAAACUGCAUUAAGUUUGAGGUGGCUUCUAACCUUCAAAUCACUUCAAAUAACAUUGUCUUUUCUUUCUCUUUGUUGUCACUCAGGAAACAAGGCUCUAAAAAUGUUCCAACCUUCGGAAAAUUUGUUUUUGGGAGGCUGAGGUGGAUUUUUCAAGUCAUGGCUCACAACCAUCUCUGGCCUUUUUGCCCUACAAGUCUGUGGUACAUGGUAUGUAGGCAUGUGUCUGGACAGUGGUUAUAGUCUUGCCUCAAUCAUCUCUGGUUUUAUACUUCUUUUAGCUGUGAUCUAGUGGGAAUUUUUCCAAUUGCCUCUUUGGGCUUGAAGUGCUUAGUGGAGGAUAAACUUUGGUAGAAUUUAUUGAUCACAUGGCCCCCAAAUCCUUCACCACUGCCAGUUCAUUGUUUAUUUAUUUAUCUUUCAGUCUGACCAAUUCAUUUACCUCCCAAAAAAUGUGUGGGCAUUGUCUCAUGAGUUUGAACUGGUGCCGUUUUCUUCAUGUUCAUGUGUUAUUCUAAACAAGUGGUGUCAGCUUCAUUAUGUCUUGUUUAUUUCAGUAGAAUACUUCUACCAUGCAAAAUGAAUUUUGAGUUGAAGUGUACUUUGAAAUAUGAGAAGUGUGAUACAACAAAUGGAUAAUUACUCAAGGGGCUGGAACUCCUUGUUUCUUUGGAAUGUUAACUACAGUAUUUCUGUCAUAUUUGAAAACAAAUUUCAGGUUGAAAUGUUUUCAAACUAGUCUGACUUGCAUUUCACAUUGCCAAAAAUGUCUAGAUCCUUCAAUUUGUAUUUCUUGAUUGAGGCUGAUGAUAGGAAUUAACUUUUAUGUUCUCUGUUGUUUAGGGAGAUGUGAAAUGGCCCCAAUACAUGCAGUUGGUACUAUUGACAGAAUGAAUAGGUGUGACAUUUACUGUGGCAAGCUGGUAUUCACAAGAUUACAGGCUGGUGCUAUUUUGUUCAUCUGAAAAAUUUACUCAUGCUUACUUUUACCCAAUUGCACCUGAAAUCAUGUGAUAUCAAUACAAAACAUCAGAGUACCUUUAGUUCUUGUACAGUCUUCAUUCUUCUUCAACACAAGUGCAGAUGCCAUAUUGGAGUAAAUGUUGUCACCUCAUCCAACUGGAGAGCUGAAUAUGUCACACAAACUUGAAAGAUGAUAGUGUUUAGAAGUUGUAAAGAGCCAUCAUAAGGGCGAGAGAGGUACUAAUAACUUGUUGUUAGCCUCUACAGGAAGCAUGUUGUAGGACAAAUCCACUGGUAUACAUUCCAGUUUAGCCUCAUUAUAAAAAAUUUCCUUACCACAAGGCAAAGUUGCUCUUGGUUUCUGUGAUUUUCCUGACUGAAAAUACAUUUUUGACAAAUACCCAUCUAUUUCAUUUAUUUCAGGAAAUUCUGUAAUUAUGUUGUGAAUAUUUAACAACCAUUCACGAAAGUACAAAGUAACACUGGCACAGAAAGCUAAAA